AUAUUUUCCUCUCUGUUCAACACACACUCACGGACUUCUUCCCAUCACCAUCUUCGCCUAUUUUUUCACAUAGAAAUUUAGCGGUUUCUUUGUGUGUGUGAAAUCUCUCUGUGUUGUAGAAAUGGCUUUGGCUUUCACUUCUUCAUCUGCAAUUCAUGGCUCUUUGUCUUCUUCAUCUUCUUCUUAUGAACAACCCAAAGUAUCCCAAUUGGGUACCUUUCAGCCAUUGGAUAGGCCUCAACUCUUGUCGUCGACUGCUUUGAAUUCUCGGAGGCGUUCGGCAGUGAAGCCAUUGAAUGCUGAACCUAAGAGGAAUGAUUCAAUAGUUCCAUCAGCAGCUACCAUCGUGGCUCUUGAGGUAAGAGAGAAAGUUGAGGCAGAGGACUUUGAGAAAUUGGCUAAGGAGCUUCAAAAUGCUUCCCCUCUUGAGAUUAUGGACAAAGCGCUUGAGAAAUUUGGGGAUGACAUUGCUAUUGCUUUCAGGUGCAGUUUUUUCUUAAUCUUGCUUCAUGGUGCUGAAGAUGUUGCUUUGAUAGAGUAUGCACAUUUAACUGGUCGCCCUUUCAGAGUAUUCAGCCUUGAUACUGGUAGGUUGAACCCGGAGACCUACCAAUUAUUUGACACAGUGGAGAAGCACUAUGGCAUUCGCAUUGAAUACAUGUUCCCUGAUUCAGUUGAAGUUCAGGCCUUGGUUAGGAGCAAAGGACUUUUCUCUUUCUAUGAGGAUGGUCACCAAGAGUGUUGCCGUGUAAGGAAGGUUAGGCCCUUGAGGAGAGCCCUAAAGGGCUUACGCGCCUGGAUCACAGGGCAGCGUAAAGAUCAGUCCCCUGGAACUCGAUCAGAAAUCCCCAUUGUUCAGGUCGACCCUUCUUUUGAGGGGUUGGAUGGGGGUGCUGGUAGCCUGGUGAAGUGGAACCCCGUGGCUAACGUGGAUGGAAAAGAUAUUUGGAACUUCCUGCGUGCCAUGAAUGUUCCUGUGAACUCAUUGCAUUCACAAGGAUAUGUAUCCAUUGGAUGCGAACCUUGCACAAGGCCAGUCCUACCAGGGCAACACGAGAGAGAGGGAAGAUGGUGGUGGGAAGAUGCCAAGGCCAAAGAGUGUGGCUUGCACAAGGGCAACAUCAAGGAUGAAAGUGUAAAUGGCGCUGCCCAAACAAAUAGUGCUGCUACUGUUGCUGAUAUUUUUGAUACAAAGGACAUUGUUACCUUGAGUAAGCCUGGAGUUGAGAACCUACUAAAAUUGGAAGACCGUAGAGAGCCUUGGCUCGUCGUUCUUUAUGCACCUUGGUGCCAAUUUUGCCAGGCAAUGGAAGGAUCCUAUGUUGAAUUGGCUGAAAAGUUGUCUGAUUCUGGCGUGAAGGUGGGGAAAUUCAGGGCAGAUGGUGAGCAGAAGGCAUUUGCACAACAAGAAAUGCAACUUGGCAGCUUCCCUACCAUACUCUUUUUCCCAAAGCACUCUUCAAAGGCCAUUAAGUACCCUUCAGAGAAGAGGGAUGUAGACUCCUUGCUGGCUUUUGUGAAUGCUCUCAGAUGAAAAGCAAAUGGGGUUUGAUCAAUCACUAUUGUUUUUACAAAGAAGUAAUACAAGAGGGAGAGAGGGUCUUUUUAGAAUAUAGUGCACUUUGUCCUUUUUUUCUUCUAGUAUAGUGUUGGUAUAUGGAUGGGUUCUCCUUUCUCCUCUGCAUUUUAUUUUCCUUAAUUCCUUUUUUAAGACAAAAAAGUUCAUACUUUUCCAUCCUUCUCAAGUAGAGAAGUAUAUAUGUCUGAGGGCUCAAUUUUGUUGGUUUAAGCUAUAAAGUUUUCUCAUGUUUACUUUCUCCAUAAUAUAGAUUUUCUCCAUCUUCUCUCA